AUGCUUUCUUCUGAUCAUUAUUUUGAUUGCUGUAAUGGGUUGCUCUUGUUUGUUAGAAGAGAGCAACGACAGGCUCUUCUGCAUUAUUAUUUUGUUUGCAACACCACGACCAGACAAUGCGUUGCAAUUCCUAAUCCCCGUCCACGAACUGCUCCAUUCGCCGCUGCAAUUGCCUAUGAUCCUGCCAAAUCUCCUCACUACAAAGUUGUUCGCUUUAUUUAUUUUGAAGAAAAAACUUCUUGCCCGGUAAAGUUGGAUAUAUUUUCUUCCGAUACCGGAAAGUGGGUUAGGCGCAGGGUCAUGUUAUCCACUGAACUUCCUCAUGCUGCUGCUGAUGCAGAUAAGUAUGGUUGUAUCAGGCGUUCUAUUUAUUUGGAUGGAAUGAUUUACAAGCUAUCCUUUGUCGUCAACUACCUCAUCAGGUUCGACUUGAAUGCGCCGAGCGAUGUGGCUAUUGAACUCCCGCACAAGAAUGCCGCUGCCUGCCAUGGAUUCAUUGGGAUGUCUAGAGGAAGCUUGUAUUAUUCAAAUCAUGACGAGUCUGGAUUGAUGAUCUCCAUUUGGCUUUUGGAAGACCGUUGCAAACGUGAUCCUUUUUGGAAACUCACACAUCGCAUCUCAAUGGACUCCUUGACGUCCAAAUAUCCUGACGUGCGUAAUUCAGGCUUUCAUUUUCGUACAUAUGCUAUUCAUCCAGCUUCUGAUAUUAUUUUUCUUGGAAACCCUAGCAUGGUCUUAAGUUACGAUCUUAUCCAACAAAUUCGAAGAGAGAAGCAUCUGCUCAUGCUAAGAGAAGCAUCUGCUCAUGUUAAGGUGAAUCACACAAAUAUUGUGCUCUACCAUCAGGCCUGGACAGAGAGUUGGCAGCCAAAAAGUUCUGCUGGUCCAGAGACUGAUCUCACAUCGGACAACUCCAACAAUCUGCUUGGGCAUUAA